CAUCCAUCUCCGGUAACACUUGUACGACAUCAACAACGAGCUCUGCCAUUCCAUCCGAUCAAUCGCUAGCAGUCAAAAUACCGGAGUCGCAAACAUGUCUUUCCUCGGAUUCGGUGGCCGACCGCAGCCUUCAUCGACGGAGAAGAUUGCAGCUGCAGAGGCAGAGAUUGAGAUGGUCGGCAACAUGUUCAACCAGCUCGUCGACACAUGCACAAAGAAGUGCAUCCCCAACAACUACCGCGAAGGCGAACUGAACAAGGGCGAAUCCGUCUGCCUCGAUCGAUGCGUCGCGAAGUUCUUCGAGGUCAACAUCAAGGUGUCAGAGAAGAUGCAAGGAGAGGCGCAGGCGAGACAAGGAGGUGGUGGAUUCAUGAGGUAGAGCAAGAGUACUCAGCGGAUGAUGGAAGAGACCCCAGGGGCUGCGAACGGGAAUGCAUUGCAUUGAAAGCGCUUGCGUUUGAUGGCGCAAUGCGGCCGACGCGACUUCGUGCGGUAAUGUAGUUUCCGCGGAGUCGGAUGCCAUUGGUAUUGGAGACUGGGCGCAAUGGGAUGCGUUCAUGUACAACAGGCUUUGGCGUGGAAGGCACGCAGGCAGUAAAGCAUUCGGCGAGGGCAAGGCGAUGGCUCGGAGCAGAGAUUGCGAUGCACAUAUACCAUGAGGCGGUCCGUGUCGGACGCGGAAAGAAACCCAGCUUUUACAAUCGAAAUUCCUUUGGGCAACACCAACCCUAGACCUGGUCAUCACAUUAUGGUGCGAAGCAAACAUUUGAGGGACAUAG